UCUCUUCCCCACUUCACAAGUCUGCAUGGGUUCUCGCAUCCCAAACUCUCUCCCUGUAUGGAUUAUAUGACACUAUUAUCUGCCUUGAGAACUUGCGCUAGCUCCAAAUUGCUGAAACAAGGCAAGCUCAUCCACCAGAGGAUAUUUUGUUCAGGCUUUCAAUCCAACGUCACCCUCUGCAAAGCCCUCAUCGGCUUUUACUUCUCUUGCUAUGAUUACAGAUCAGCGGAGCUUGUUUUUCAGACCAACGAUUGCCCAUUGGAUGUUUCUUUGUGGAAUGCUCUUCUUUCUGCUUACACCAAGAGUUCCAGGUUCGUUGAAGCUCUGCAACUUUUUGAUCAAUUGAAAAGUCAUUCUCAUGUAAGACCUGAUUGUUACACUUACCCUGUUGUUCUUAAGGCGUGUGGUGGAUUGGGUAGAGUUGUUUAUGGGAGAAGGAUCCAUAAUCAUUUGAUAAAAACGGGGUUGAUUUGGGAUGUUUUUGUGGGGAGUUCUAUGAUGAAUAUGUAUGCGAAAUGCGAUCAGUUUCAUGAUGCCGUUGACCUGUUCGACGAAAUUCCUCAGAGAGAUGUGGGGUGUUGGAACGCUGUUAUCUCUUGUUAUUUUCAAGAUGAUAAGCCUGAGGCUGCCCUGAAGAUGUUUGAUAAAAUGAAAGAGUUGGGUUUUGAGCCUAAUUCAGUGACUUUUACCGUCGUUGUCUCAUCAUGUGCAAGGCUUUUGAAUUUGGAGAGAGGUAAGGAGAUUCAUAGGGAGUUGAUCGAUAGGAGCGUUUUGUUGGAUGCUUUUGUUCUUUCUGCGCUCGUAGACAUGUAUGGAAAAUGUGGUUGUUUAGAAAUGGCCAAAGAAGUUUUUGAGCAAAUCCCAAGGAAGAAUGCGAUGACUUGGAAUUCUAUGAUCACAGGGUAUAGCUUAAAAGGUGAUAGCAGAUCCUGCAUUGAACUUCUCAUGAGGAUGAACUACGAGGGAACCGAACCGACUUUGACGACUUUGACCAGCAUAAUAUAUGCUAGCUCAAGGUCUGUUCAACUUCGGCACGGAAAAUUUAUACAUGGAUAUAUUUUGAGAAAUAGAAUAGAUGUUGAUAUCUUCAUUGACGUUUCUCUCAUUGAUUUAUAUUUUAAAUGUGGAUCGGUUUCUUCGGCCGAAACUGUCUUCAGAAAUGUAUCCAAGAAUGAUGUAGUUUCUUGGAAUGUUAUGAUUUCUGGAUAUGUGAUGGUGGGUAAUCACAUUCAGGCUCUUCGUGUCUAUGAUAACAUGAAAGAACAUCAUGUAAAACCAGAUGCAGUAACAUUUUCUAGCACCUUAUCAGCUUGUUCACAGCUAGCAGCCUUGGAUAAGGGUAGGGAGCUUCACCACUGCAUCAUCAGUCACAAGUUGGAAAGCAAUGAAAUCGUUAUGGGGGCUCUUCUUGAUAUGUAUGCUAAAUGUGGUGAUGUCAACGAAGCACGGAAACUAUUUCAUCAAUUACCAGAGCGAGAUCUUGUGUCGUGGACAUCGAUGAUCACUGCUUAUGGAUCUCAUGGCCAGGCUUCUGAAGCUUUGAGGCUUUUUGAUGAAAUGAAGAAGUCGAAUGUACGAGCCGAUUCAGUUACGUUCCUGGCAGUUCUAUCUGCUUGUAGUCAUGCUGGAUUGGUUGAUGAAGGUUAUAUAUAUUUCAACGAAAUGAUCACUCAGUAUGACAUUAGGCCCGGCAUUGAACACUAUUCAUGCUUGAUAGAUCUACUUGGACGUGCUGGAAGACUACAUGAAGCUUAUGAGAUUCUCGAAAGAUCAGAAGAGACUAGGAACGAUACCGGAUUGUUAAGCACACUGUUUUCUGCGUGUCGAUUGCAUAAUGAUUUUGGUUUAGGCAUACAAAUAGGGAAAUUGCUUAUGGAGGUACAUCCUGAUGACCCAUCUACUUACAUUUUGCUGUCGAAUAUGUAUGCUUCUGUCAAUAAAUGGGAGGAGGUACGUAACGUACGACGAAAAAUGAAAGAACUUGGAUUGAAGAAGAGGCCUGGUUGCAGCUGGAUUGAGAUAAACCAGAGGAUUCAGCCAUUCUUUGUUGAAGAUAAGUCAAACCCUGUAGUUGAUGGGGUCUAUGAAUGUCUAAGCACUCUAGGCUGUCAUAUGGAGAAGAAUGAACUUGAGGUGUAGCAGAUUAGCAAAAAACUGGUACACCGAUGAUCCCUGCUUCCAUACAUGCCAAAACAGCAAUCAAACUCCACCUACAAGUCAGAAUUCUGAAAAAGCUUAACGUGAGUGUGGAGCCUCAAGAGUUGCGGUUUAUUGUGCUUGAUCAAUUGAUGUGAUGUAUAUAUGGAUUUUUAACUUUGAUAUCCAAAUGCAUGAAUUAUUGAUUUCAUAUUAUCUUGUUUUGUGCUAAUUUCUGUU